UCGUAGCUUUACGUCACCUCCGCCGCGGAAGGAUCGCUUUGAUAAGCGCAGCGCGCCGCUUCCGGUCCUCUUUUCAGCCCUCGAGUCCAAGAUGACCAAGAAGAGAAGGAAUAACGGACGUGCUAAGAAGGGCCGCGGACAUGUCCAGCCCAUCCGUUGCACCAACUGUGCUCGAUGUGUUCCUAAAGACAAGGCUAUCAAAAAGUUUGUAAUAAGGAAUAUUGUGGAGGCUGCAGCUGUCAGAGAUAUAUCCGAAGCUAGUGUAUUUGAUUCCUACGUUCUGCCAAAGCUGUACGUGAAACUGCAUUACUGCGUCAGCUGUGCCAUCCACAGUAAGGUUGUCAGAAAUCGCUCACGUGAGGCUCGCAAGGACCGUACCCCACCUCCAAGAUUCAGGCCAGCGGGUGCACCUCCAAGAGCUCCUCCAAAACCAAUGUAAGAAGGCCAGAUGUAUCUUACCAAAUAAACAGUUUAAAACAAA